AUGUUCAGAACUAGUGUGCGACUUAUGCAGGCCGUUUCUACGCGUAUUUUAAAUGACAUUAAGAAAUCGCCACAGGUGACUACAUUGCCCUCUUCGUCCCUCGGUUACUCUGAGACUACAAUUACAGCACUAGAGUCACUCCGCUCUCAACUGCACUGCUAUGCUGUGACGGAAAUAGUUGGCCGACAGUACCUAAUAACAAAAAAUGACCUAAUAGUAACUAAUAGACUUCGAGACGUUGACCUCGGAGAUAUCGUACAGCUGAAUAGGGUGAAAGAAUUAGGAAGCAAAGACUUCACUAUUAAAGGAGACCCCUAUGUUAGUAAUGACUAUUAUCAUAUUACUGCGACCGUAGUCGAGCAACCUAAAGGCCCUUUUACGGAAAUCAUUAAGAAGAAAAAGCGGAAUAGGCGAAAGAAGAGGAUUACUCAUAAGCAGACAUAUACGGUUCUUCGUGUUAGAGAAGUCGAGGUCACUAAACUACAAUAG